AUGCGUGGCCUGGCUCACUUUAUACAGGAUGUUCGAAAAGCAACUAGUAGUCCUGCUGAGGAAAGAGAACGUGUUGAGUUUGAACUCGUUAAGAUUCGCUCAAAGUUUCAAGACACAACAAAGAUGACUACAUAUGACCGAAGAAAGUAUGUAUGUAAGUUAAUGUUUAUCACAAUGCUUGGAUACCCCGUGGAGUUUGGUCAUAUGGAAGGAGUUAAAUUAUUAGCAUUAACAACUCCAGCGGAGAAACUCAUUGGUUACCUCUCCGUGACAGUUUUUCUUAAUGAAAAUCACCCACUUUUGACCCUCGCCACUCAUAGUAUUUACAAAGAUCUUCUCUCUGAACAGGAGCUAAAUGUGAGUCUAGCACUCACAGCAAUUGCUAAUACAGGUGGAAAAGAGUUUGCCGAAGUAAUGUCUACUGGGGUGAAGAAUAUUCUUUUGAACAAUAGUCGGGAUGUACAUAUUCGAAAGAAAGCUGUAUUGACAUAUUUACGUAUCUACAGAAAAUACCCUGAAGUUGUAGACCUUGCGGAAGUUGUACCUGUUAUGACUGAUCUUGUCCUUAGUCCCCUAUUUGGAAUGAGUGGUUGCGCUGUCUUGUUUCUUACAGGCUGUCUUAAUGAAACGACUCGAAAUCUUUUUCAAUCCACUCCUCAUCAAAUCAUUGAUCUCCUUGGGAGAAUUAUAUUAACGAAACAAACAGAACCAGGAUAUGUCUAUUACGGUGUUCCCGCUCCAUGGUUACAAGCAAUUUCUAUGCGUCUGCUUCGUAAGUUUCCAGUUCCUUCAGACCCGGUAUUAAAAGAGAAAGCUCUUCUUGUAUUGGAAAAAAUUGUACAAGCUACAGAUAGAGUUUUGCGAGACGCCCAAACACAACAAAAACAAAAGGGUACCAUGAAUCGUGUAAGUGCCAUAAAUGCGGUAUUUUUUGAAGUAGUUUUACUUAUUAAUGAAUGGAAUAUAGGUAACAAGCUUCGUAGUGAAUGUCUAGACGUACUUAGUACCUUUAUUACUGAAAAAAAGGAUUCUAAUUUACGUUAUAUGGGAUUAAAUUUGUUAUCACGGUUAUGUUCAUCUAAAGCUUCACCAAAUGAUUACAGGGAUUAUUCUAAACAAUAUCAAGAACAAAUUGUUGUUGCUUUACAUGAUCCUGAUGUUUCUAUCCGCACAAAAGCUUUGGAUGUAACCGUAAAUAUGUGUGACAAGGAUAAUGCAACAGAAGUUAUUGAAGAACUUCUUUCAUACCUUCCUAUUUCUGACGGAACAUUCAAAGAAAAUCUUGUGCUUGCCAUUGCUCGAUUGUCAGAGAUAUACUGUACAGACUAUGGCUGGUAUGUUGAUACUAUUGUUUCCGUUAUUGCACAAGCUGACAAUAUUACUCCAAAAGAAAUUGUUUAUCGUGUUGUAGAUGUUAUUUUAAAUAAUUCUUACGUUCAAAAACGAGCAGUAAUGAAAUUAUUUAGUAUUCUCAAAAGUCGUAGUACUGUCCCUGAAGUUCUUUUGCAAGUUGCAGCGAUCGUUAUUGGAGAGUUUGGGUAUCAGAUCGCCCUAAAUGUAGAGAGUACUCCGCUCAUGCAGGUGACUGUACUCCAAGAUCAUCUCAAUGAUGCCUCUGAAGAGACACAAUGUCUCAUGUUAAGUGCCUUUGUAAAACUUUAUAAUUACUAUGAUUUGAUCGUUCGUGAAAAAAUUAUGAAAAUACUUCGAUCGUUUAGAAGUAGUUUUAGUGUUGAGCUGCAGCAACGCGCUAUGGAAUAUGUUGGUCUUAUCGAAUUGGGUAAUGACGAACUCUUGCAAAAAGUUCUAGAACCUCUACCAACCUUUGAGAAGGGCAAUUUGUCUACUAUUCCGAGUAAUGGAAUCGCUCAAGAGAGAGCAAAUGUCACUAAAACCUUGACAGUAUCUGAAAAAGUGGAUGGUGAAGUAAAAACAAUAUCUACAGCGAAAGAAGUGAAUGGUAAAUCAGUCUCCUCUGAUAUAUUAAAGGUGGUGCAAGAUGUUUCUUCUGAAUCAGAAUUGACAAAAGAUACUGAUAUGGAAUCUUUGUUUUUUGUUAAUUCAACAAUGCAAUUAGAAAGUAUGGCAAAAGAGAAGGAAGAGGUACAACAUCUAUUUGUAUCGCUUCUUACAGGAUUAUCCGGUACCCUUUACUCUGACAAGUUAGUGGAGGUUCAGUGCUCACAGCAUUAUCACGGGGCUGAUGCUCGUGUGACUCUCACAAUUCAAUCUAAGGCUAAAGGGGAAUUACAAAAUGUCCUUGUGGAAGUUGUUGGGGUGGAUGCUGGGCUACUGCUGCAAUCGAAAGAUAAACAUAUCAAAAUCAACACAGGUGAAACUUUACAAUAUAAUUUUCUUGCCAGAUCCUUGGCACCAUUUAAGGAGCCUCCUUCAAUACGUUUUUCUUAUGAGGUACCGGAUGACCAUUCUGUUAUAAUGAAAGUUCUUUUACUUCCUAUUGUUUGUACUCGAUUCUUAUCUCCGUAUAAUGAAAAAGAUGAAUCAUCGUAUAACUCCCUAUAUAAGGAACUAGAUGUUACUUUAACGGAUACCUACCAUCUUUCAGCAGGUACCUUUCUUAAUGGCGAAGUUCUUGAGCAUAUACUUACAAAUAUGGGAUUCCGCGUCUUUCACACACCUGGUACCAAUCAAUGGAAAGGUAUCGCAGCUCAUGCGACACAAACGCACGGUUUUCUCUCCUAUACUCCUGUAGUGGUAGAUGUGAUGGUAUCUACAGAUGGUUCUGCAUCAGUAAAGGUACUUUCGAAGAGUACUAUACUUCAGGCUGUUGUUGCUGAAGUCUUGGAGCAGUCAAUGCUCAACAUGAAACCACUCACAACUGACGGGAAAGUAAGCGAUAGUAAUGACAAUUCUGGAUUCAAACCUUUAAACACUGAUGAUUUAUUUCUAUCAUGA